AUGGCUGCCAGCAACAUGGUCAACAACGCCGUGGACCCGAACAUCGAGGAUGACCUGUUCCAAAAGGAGGUUGAGCAAGUCAAGAAGUGGUGGAGCGAGCCGCGAUGGAGACACACCAAGCGAUCCUUCACCGCCGAGCAGAUUGUCUCCAAGAGAGGCCACCUCAAGAUUGAGUAUCCGAGUAACGCCCAGUCCAAGAAGCUCUUUGAGAUUCUCGAGAACCGCUUCAAGAACAAGGACGCCAGCUACACCUACGGCUGCUUGGAGCCCACAAUGGUCACUCAGAUGGCCAAGUACCUCGACACCGUCUACGUAUCUGGAUGGCAAUCAUCGUCAACGGCCUCGGCCUCGGACGAGCCCGGCCCGGAUCUGGCAGACUACCCUUAUACAACCGUUCCUAACAAGGUCGCCCACCUGUUCAUGGCCCAGCUCUUCCACGACCGGAAACAACGACAGGAACGCCUGAGCGUCUCUAAGGAGGCUCGCGCCAAGCUCGCCAACAUCGACUACCUGAGACCCAUCAUCGCCGACGCCGACACGGGCCACGGCGGUCUCACGGCCGUCAUGAAGCUCACCAAGCUCUUCAUCGAGAAGGGCGCCGCCGGCAUCCACAUUGAGGACCAGGCCCCCGGCACCAAGAAGUGCGGCCACAUGGCCGGCAAGGUCCUCGUUCCCAUCCAGGAGCACAUCAACCGCCUCGUCGCCAUCCGCGCCCAGGCCGACAUCAUGGGCUCCAACCUCGUCGCCGUCGCCCGCACCGACGCCGAGGCCGCCACCCUCCUCAGCACAAACAUCGACCCCCGCGACCACGCCUUCAUCCUCGGCUCCACGAACCCCAGCCUCCAGCCCCUCAACGACCUCAUGAUCGCCGCCGAGCUGGCCGGCAAGACGGGCGACCAGCUCCAGGCCAUCGAGGACAACUGGCUGAAGCAGGCCAACCUCAAGCGCUUCGACGAGGCCGUCGUCGACGCCAUCAAGGCCGCGCCUCUUUCCAACAAGGACGGCCUGAUCCAAAAGUACACCGCCGCCGCCAAGGGCAAGAGCAACAACGAGGCGCGCGCCAUCGCAAAGGGCAUCCUCGGCGCCGACAUCCACUUUGACUGGGACUCCCCGCGUACGCGCGAGGGUUACUACCGCCUCAAGGGCGGCUGCGACUGCGCCAUCAACCGCGCCAUCGCGUAUGCCCCCUACUGCGAUGCCAUCUGGAUGGAGAGCAAGCUGCCCGACUUCAAGCAGGCGCAGGAGUUCGCCAAGGGCGUCCACGCCGUCUGGCCCGAGCAAAAGCUCGCUUACAACCUCUCGCCCUCCUUCAACUGGAAGACGGCGAUGCCCCGCGACGAGCAGGAGACGUACAUCCGCCGCCUCGCGUCGCUCGGCUACUGCUGGCAGUUCAUCACCCUGGCGGGCCUGCACACGACGGCGCUCAUCAGCGACAAGUUCGCCAAGGCAUACAGCCAGCAGGGUAUGCGCGCGUACGGCGAGCUCGUGCAGGAGCCCGAGAUGGACUCGGGCGUCGACGUCGUCAAGCACCAAAAGUGGAGCGGCGCGACGUACGUCGACGAGCUGCAGAAGAUGGUCACUGGCGGCAUCAGCAGUACCGCUGCCAUGGGUAAGGGCGUGACGGAGGAUCACAUCUACUCGGCAAGCGGUCCCCGGGCAGAAGCCGACUGGACCCACAACAGGGACCACCCAGCGGGCCAGCACCAGUCUGUCCUGCAAAGAGAGGCCCGUAAAUUCCAGUCCCCACAGCUCCGACUCCGGAAGCCCGACAUGACGGCAUCCAAUGGCACCAGAUUGGCAAAUCCGGGCCUCAACGGUUCUCACCUCGGUAGACGUUAUUCUCCUUUCUCAUUUGCUUUGCUACUUGCGAUGAACUCCACGCAGCCCCCACCCAGGCUGCUGGAUGUGGAAAAUGUGGACUCACCAAUCCUCAUCGUCGGCGCAGGCGUCUUCGGCCUCUCCCUCGCCUACGAACUCACAAAGAACCGCGGCUACACCUCCGUCACAGUCCUAGACCGCUUCCUCCCGCCCGUCCCCGACGGCAGCUCCGUCGACGUCUCGCGCAUCAUCCGGACAGAGUACGCGGACCCCCACUACGCCGCCCUCGCCACGGACGCCUUGCACGGAUGGCAGACGUCGGAGCUGUUCGGCCCGCACUACCACCAGUCCGGCUUCGUCAUGAUGGCCGACGAGCGGGAGGGGCCGAGCGCCUACUUUGACAAGUUCCGCAAGUGGGAGAGCGGCGGGAGGCCGGCCAAGGAGUUUUAUGCGCCGCCGCUGGUGGAUGUGGAGGUGAAGAGGCGGUAUAAGGGCGUGCAGGCUGACUUGAAGGAUUUCACGGCCACGUUGAAUGCUAUUGGUGGGUGGGCUGAUGCCGCGGGGGCGAUUCGAGCGCUCGCGGGGCGGUGUACGCUUGCGGGCGUGUCGUUUGUCACGGGGCGGCACGGGACCGUCGUCUCGCUCGAGAGAUCUGGGAAGAGGGUCACGGGCGUGAAGACGGCGGCGGGGACGACGCUGUCGGCGGACAAGAUCGUUCUCGCGACCGGGGCCUGGACGAAUCGCAUCAUCCCCGGCAUGGGACACGCCAUGUCGGCUUCGGGCCAGCCCGUGGGUUUCGUCCAGCUUUCGGCCGAGGAGGCGGAGAGGGUGAAGGAUAUGCCCGUCAUGAUCAACAUGAGCACGGGCGUGUUCUGCUUCCCGCCCACGCCCGGGACGAACUUGCUCAAGCUUGCGAGGCACGGGUGGGGGUUCGCGACCGAGGUUGAGGUUGAGGAGGGCGGGGCUGGGAAGAGGACGAUUUCGACGCCGCGGUUGAGGGAGAGUAAUGCCGCGUCUGGGUAUUUGCCGCAGGACGCGGACGAGGAUCUGAGAGAGGGUGUGAGGUUGUUCUUCCCUGAGUUUGCGGAGAGGGAGUGGUGUUACAAGAGGAUGUGCUGGUACACUGAUACCCCUGAGGGAGACUUUAUCGCGGACUAUCACCCGGAUUUCGAGGGCUUGUUCUUUGCGACUGGUGGUGCUGGACAUGCUUUCAAGUUCCUUCCGGCUAUUGGCCCGCAAGUCGCUGAUAGCUUCGAGCGUAAGCCGUCUACGAUAUUGCGGGAGAAGUGGAGGUUAAGGCGGCCCACGAGCAGCGAGGAGCCAUUUGGGUUCUCGGGAGAUGGCAGCCGUGCUGGGCCUUUGCUGCGGAAGCUUUCGGUACAGGAGCAGUCGAAGUUGUGA